GUCAAGCUCACUACUUUUGCAGCAGUAAUACUUGAUUUUCCUUCAUAAUAAUCACAAUUUCUGGCUUUCAUAAGAAAUGAUAUGUUAUAUAAAUAUGUAUUAGUGAAACAAUUUUAUCCUAGUUCUUUAAAAGGAUUUUGAUGUGAUUCAAGUAGUCACGCGUCACGCUGAACUUGAGUGUGGUGGGUGUGUACUUUGUUUGGAGUUGGUAAAUGGAGUAAAUAUAUAAUUGUUAUGUUGUGACUUUUUAGAAUUUAUUUUCAAGUGAUUUAACUAUAGUUGUGAUAAUGUGUAAUUUCAGUUAUUUCGAGAACGGAGACCUCACAAGUGAAGUUUGUAGAUUUAUUUUGUGAAAAGAAGACGUUUUGAUUGAGAAUUUAAAAUCACCAACACAGUAAAAAAGACCAUUGUUAUCCGACUGAGACUUCGGAGGUCGACCACUUGCGAUUUGAGCUGCUCCCUUGGAUACUCCUACUCGACGCCUUGCUCGACCAGAUGGAUUAACACCAGUGCGACCCUUCUUGGACAGCACAGAGUUGACAGCUCUGUAAAAAGCCACCAAAGCAGCUUGAGCAGCUGGAGUAGUUUUUGGCUUUCGGAGUGCCUUUCCCAUCUUUUCAACAAGUUCAGUUGGAAAGGAGCCACUUCCACUCCGCCGAGAGUACGUGAAACACACAUAGCAACCUACGUGCUGUUGGCCACACCGACUCAACCGCCUUUCGUUCCGCAGAACUGUCAUCUGUCAUUACGACACUAGGCGCCUAAAAAUGAAGUACAUUUUCAUUUAGAAAUGUAUGUUUUUUUUUAAUUUUAUUAUUGGAUUAUGAAGUAGUCUCUGAGUAAGAUUUUUUUAAAACUCUGUUUUAAUUUAAUAAAUAUUGGAAUUUAUUGUUGGUAGGGAAUAUAAAAUGUUUGUGAUUAAUUGGAGGUUAAUGCUAAGGAUAAUGCUAUUCAGUUUUACCUCAGAGCCACCAAAUCCUUUUGGACAUUCUCUCUUGUACAAGUUAAAGGCCAUCUCAUAGCAAGUCUGAGUCUGGUGGCUUUGCAGCAAAAUGCAGAGUGGCAUUGCACCAGCUUUUGUGGCAGAGCACAUUGAUGUAAAGGUGCAGUGAGUCACAUCAACAUGUGAGGUUGAAUCAAGGAAGAGUGUUUCACCAGAGUGCGGCAGUUCUUGCACCCUUUUCAUCAAGGGUGUCACAAUGAGGAUGCACCACUCGCCAUCCUCCAUUGAAGUCUUAACAAGAACAUCUAAAGUUUUUAAGAUUUUAAUGUAUUGCAUUUUAGGAAAAAUUCAAUUUUCAAACUACCUCUUGAAAUGUAAUCUCCAGAAGCAAUUUUUUCUUGAGUCUUUUCAAUUGGUGUUAAAGAUUUUACACCAAAUUGCUUAUUUGACCAUUUGUCAAACAAAUAGGAGACAGUUCUUUUGGUAGGGUUAAUAUUAGCAUCAGCAAGAUUCACAAAAUCGUCAUUGCUGAUAAGUAAGUCUUCGUGACGUUUCCUUGCUUGAGCAGCUGUACUCCCAUCGUCAAAAUAUUUGUCGAACAGAGCGGCAGUCGAUGGAUCUACUCGAUUUAAUCGAAGUGUGUCCGCACUUAAGAUGUGAUGAUUGUGCACGCCUUCAAAUUUGAUCACAGCUUGACGGACAAUACCAUGCUUGUCAGGUCUGAGAUAUUUAUCCUUUUUUUUGGUGUCUCUUGUAAUCUAUGUUGUAAAAAGAUUGGUCCAUUAUUGUUUGUUUGUUUGUACUGAUACUUUAAAUUCUUGAAAUUCUUUAAUUAAUAAUAGUUUUCAUUAAAAAUUAUACUUAUGGGGUUUAAAACCAUAAUAAUCAAUGAAAAAUCAUUAAUUACACCCACCAGCUUGAUUUUAAUAUCCAGUGUCACUUUGCAAUUUGUUGUUCGCUUCGAAUCAACUUUUUUGUUCAAUUUGCUAAGGUGGCAGUGAAACCUUUUAUGAGUAUGGUACCUAUAGAGGGAUUGUAUUUUUAUUUAAUUAAUUGAGUACUUAUUUUAAUGAGAUAUAAAAAAACCUUUCCAUUUCUUCGUAACAGUAUUCGACGAUCCAACAGCUUCUAGAAAUUUUUGAAAAUUCUUUGACCCACUCGUCAAUCUCAUCCACUGAUGAUAAAUUGGCCCUCAAAACGGUGGAAUUUUCAGAAUAUUCCACACAGACAGUGUGGAAUUCUGUCGGAAAAACAUUUUUAACAGGACUUUUCACGGCUGCCAUUGUCAUUGUUUUUAUUUAUUAUGCACCUAGGCCAAAGUUAAUGUGCAACAAAUAGUGCAUAUUCACAACCAAUAGAAGUCGAUUUAUUUUCUGUUUGCCUUUUAACAUUUAUAAUAAUUAUAUAUUUACAUUAAUUGAUUGUUAAAAAUUAUGACAGUGAGAAAUUGUGAUUAUUAUGAAGGAAAAUCAAGUAUUACUGCUGCAAAAGUAGUGAGCUUGACUCACAUGGUGAUUGAGGUGAGCGAGAUCGAGGCGAAAAUUUUGAAAGCGCGGCGGCAAAGCUGAUGGGCGGUGCCCUGGUGCCCAACGAGACUGGAUUUUGGGAAUUCGCGGUCGGGUUGCUGAGCGUCCCAAGCCCGUUUGUGGCCUAAAGGCGUGAUUUUUACCCCCGUACUCGCCGUGAAAUUGGACUUGCCGAAAUGCCGGCUUACCGCUCUUAUGUUAAGCCGCCACUCGCGGUGAGUCGUCCUUCCGGCGACCUCGCGCGCAUCUGUUGGACGCUGACCGAAGUCCUGCGUGAACUUCAGGCCUUUUCAUUUCGAGAAGAGUCCCCGGAAGUCAGUCUGAUAGCAAAAAUGGACCGAGAGUAUCAACUUUUCCUUGCCAGAGAAAAGGAGGCGUGGCUCCAGUACAAAACACCACUACGGCCACCGACAACAAAGGUAACAAUGUUACCUGGGGCGAACCUUUUCGUCGAAUCACCACCCUCGAUGUCCAUCGGCCACUGCGUUGCCGAAGAUUUUGAAAUGUCGGCCGGACUGGCAGUUGAUUUCCGCGAGUUAUUCGGGAAUGUGGAUUACCUUCUGUCUUUAAACCUUAAAGUCGGACAGGUUGCCGUCCUUCCAGUACAGCAGAACGACGGCACGUUCAGGUACGCUCUCUACAUUAUCACCAAAGAGAAGUCGAGAGGGACCCGCCCAACUCGUGAAAACUUCGAGGCUGCCAUCGUCUCUCUUCGGGAAGUCUGCAAGGCACUCGGAAUCAAGAAACUGGGACUGCCGAAAAUUGGAGCUGGGCUCGACAAAUUGCCCUGGGACUUUUGCCUGGACGUCCUUGAACGGGUUUUUGAAGUGUCGACUACGGAAAUUUACAUCUUUGAAGGGACAACCGACUUUAAGAAAAGACAGUUCCAAAGAACAACUUGCUCUCCGGCACUUGACAGCGUCGAGGAAUUCCCCCUUCUUCCUGAAAUCUCCCCAACUGUGAGCAGGCCUUCGGCAGGAGUUGCAGGACAAAAUUUGACUGAGAAUAAAUUGAAUGAAAACUUAAAUUGCUUCUCUUUUUCAGCUGCGUCGCCGAGCCACUCACAAAGCAAAAAGAAGUCGCCUGCUCGCCGAUGGGAGACGGACGUGGAGAAAUUUGAUGCUCGACAGGUGAUGGUGGCGAGGCCCGCAGCUGACCCCGGGCCUGGUGGUGCCCCAUUAAAAGCUGCCAAAACUACAGCAGGAUCAGGUGGACCAGCUGGGCGCACACCGGAGACCUGUAUUAAAGCUGGGGUGCCCUCCCGUGCGUCUGGCCCCACCUCAUCAUUAGCUGAAAAAGGUGACAAACACAAGUUAAAAUAUCAGACAACCUACCCUGAGAAGGCCCAACUCUCUGAUCCGAAGGCCAAGAAGUCCACCGGCACAAUACCGAAGGUGAGAGGGGCACAGACGAACCCAGCAAGGAGCCGACUGAGCCAGGGAAAAACGCAGGAGCGCACCAAGAGGCCUGACAGCGCCCUUAAGUCUGUCAAUGCUACAGCCGCCUCACCAAAGGGUGGAGCAGCCGGACGAGGCGCGGACGCCUGCGAGUUGGCUGGGGCAAAAAAUCCGUCCUCGUCCAGCUCCACCCCGGCGCCACCAACAACAGGUGAGGCUGUUACUUUGAAACCUCCUAAGGCCUUGGCCAAAGGAGAACUUGCUGCUGGCCCUGAGGAGAAAUUCGUUUCCAGUCUCCUGGAACCUGUACCUGUGGCUGUGGCGAAGGACGUCCCCAGGGCUCAAAAUCUGACUGAAUUCUUUGCUGACCUGACUCGAGGGGCUAAUCUUGAGAAUCUUCAGGAAGGCUCUGCCGGUGGGGGUAGCCUGCCCCCGCUGCCCCCACCUGGUUUACUCCAAAAACCCCCCCGGCAACCUUCCACUCUUGUGGUAAGUGGUGCCGACGUUUUACUGGUACCUGAAGUCUCAAAAAACCCUUUGCCCGAGUCUGUUAAGCUGCCACCCUCCGAGGCUCCUGACGAGGCCUUGCCGCACAUCACGGCCGACCUGGCAGGAGAAAGGCGGAGUGUCGUCGCGCUGGCCGAGCAGUUCCCGGUCGGGCGGGCCGAGGAGCUCUUGGUUGGGCUACGUGGGACCGUUUCCGAGACCAACAGGUGGCCACUGCCGAGAAAGGAGGCUUCUAGCCACCUGAGUACGCAGCCCACCCCAUCUCCCAAGAUUGCAGCACCAUCGCCAUCCAAAUCCUCGUCGAUAAAUUAUAGGCGAAAUUCAAAAAACACAAACCGCAAGUCCAUACACAAAGUCGCUUAAAAAACUUAAAUAUAUUAAAU